AUGGUCAACCUUGGGCUCACAAAAGUGGACGAUGCGCUUGCAGCAAAACAUCCGGUAGGUCCUUUCUCUCUUCACUUCUUCAACCCUUUAUGCAACGUAUUGCUGGCCGCUGCAGCUCAGCUUAGAAGACACACACAUUCCAAUGUAAAACUGGACGAUGAAAUGUUGCUUCUCUGCCGUUAUUGGCAGGUUAUCCAGCCUUGUCAUUUUUUACUAGUGUGUGUGUAGUUGUGCCUGUGUUGUGACCAGAUACAUUUUAGAGGACAUAUUCAACAUCAAGCAAUCAUCUCAAAUGAUAGUUGCAUUCACAACCAACAAACUAUUUGUUUUCUCUCUCAGGGUUUACAACAGUAUGCUGCCUGUCAGUCUCAUGCCUUCAUGAAAGGGACAGGGACCUUCAUAUUAAGCGAGUGACACAUGCUCUUCCGAUGCUUUGACUUCAUAUAAAACAGUGUCCUACUCUCCACGGAAUUGAAUAGGCAUGUAAUUUCUCAUAAAAAAAGACUGCAUAAAAAAUACUACAGGAGGUCAUUAGUGAAGCCCAUUGCUGAAGGCACUUACCAUUGGUUCCUAACAUUUAUUUUACUGCCUCUUAUAGGGACAGGUGGAAUAUUUCUCAUACAAAAGGUUAUUCAGAAGAGGCUACCAUAUCCUCUGCAGUGGAACCUGCUGAUUUCAACAGGUAAAAAGUAUUUGACUUACACAACAUCUGAUAUACUACUUUAAGUGAUACUAAACGUCACUCAUGUCUCCCUCUUUGUCUCCUUCCUCCCUUUCAGUGGCUUCGUCGGUGGGCAGCUAUGCAGUGACGCACGCGCUGGGAGACAAUGAAGUGCACUGA